UUGUCUCAAAUUUAGAUUACAAUCAACAACAGGCCUUCACAUGCCCAUCUCAACUCCAAGAAUGCUCAUCACAACAACAGCCAUGCGUUUCUCACUAUACCCCUUCAUCUUCUCUCUCCUUCCCUUGUUUCUCUUCCUAAUUUUCCUUCUCAAAUGGCUCUCCAUCACUGCCCGAGCACCGCGCAAAAACCCACCGCCGUCUCCCCGAAAGCUCCCUUUGAUCGGAAACCUCCACCAAAUGGGCCCCUUCCCCCACCGCUCCCUCCACUCCCUCUCCCAGGCCCAUGGCCCCUUAAUGCUCCUCCACUUCGCCGCCACCCCCGUCCUAAUCGCCUCCUCCUCCUCCGUCGCCCGUGACAUCAUGAAAACCCACGACCUUAUCUUCUCCACCCGACCCAAAUGGACCAUUUGCGAGAAACUCAUGUAUACAAUGAAGGACGUGGCUUUUAGCCCUUACGGCGAGUACUGGAGGCAGAUGAAGAACAUCUUCGUCCUCCAACUGUUGAGCAACAAGCGAGUCCAAUCCUUUCGUGGCAUUAGGGAAGAAGAGACGGCGAUCAUGAUCGAGAAGAUUUCAGAUUUUGGUUCUGAUGUGGUGAAUUUGAGCAAACUGAUUGUGGAGUUGACGGCGAACGUGGUGUGUAGGGCGGCGUUGGGGCGGAAAUACGAAGGCAUUGGGGGCAGAGAAGGAGGGGCGAGGAGGGGGUUUAAGGAGGCUUUGGGGGAGCUUGCGGAGUUAUUGGGGAUUUUUGAUAUUGGAGAUUUUGUACCAUGGCUGAAGUGGGUGAAUAGAGUAAAUGGGGUGUACGGGAGAGCGGAGAGACUUGCUAAGGAGUUGGAUGAGUUUUUGGAGGGUGUGGUGGAAGAGCAUGAGGGUAGAGAGAGAAAGGUAGGAGAGGAGGGAGGGCAGGAUUUUGUCGAUGUUUUGCUUGAGAUUCAGAGAGAAAAUGUGGUUGGGAUUCCUCUUCAUAGAGAUAGCGUCAAAGCUCUUAUUUUGGAUGUAUUUGUUGCUGGAAUUGAUACUACAUCCACAGCCCUAGAAUGGGUAAUGACAGAGCUCUUAAAGCAUCCUCAAGCCAUGAAAAAACUCCAAGCUGAAGUUCGACUUAUAGCCCAACCCAACCAGCCUGUAACCGAGGACGAUCUAGACCAGAUGCCCUACCUAAAAGCUGUGAUCAAAGAGACUCUACGCCUCCACCCUCCGGGUCCCCUUAUUGUGCCCCGGGAGUCAACCAAAGAUGUUCAAGUAAUGGGUUACGACAUUGCGGCCGGGACACGCGUGCUUGUCAACGCUUGGGCAAUUGGACACGACCCAACGUUGUGGGACGAGCCUGAGGAGUUUAGGCCCCAGAGGUUUUUGAACUGUCCAGUUGAUUUUAGAGGACACGAUUUCGAGUUGAUUCCGUUCGGAGCGGGGAGGAGGGGGUGCCCGGGGAUUCGGUUCGCGAUGGCGGUCGACGAGCUAGCCGUUGCAAAUCUCGUGCACAAGUUUGAUUUUGCACUGCCUGAUGGGGUGGAGUUGGAUGUGAGUGAAGCUGCUGGUAUCAAUGUUCACAAAAAGUUCCCUCUGCUUCUUGUUGCAACUCCUUGGUCUUGCUAAUUAGUAGGUACAAUUUUAGGUUCCGUUCCAUUAAGAGAAAUAAGUACUUAUGUUUUGAAUUUGAAUGACCUAUCUCAUAAAACAAAAAAUAAGUACACUAUCAAAUCUUUUGAUCAUUUGUCAACUAAAGCUAGAACCUUGCAAGUCUCUUCUUGUGUCUAUGUUCGUUAUAUUGUCUUUGGUGCAGAUGUUUUUUUGCAUUGGAAUGGAAUCCUCUCCCGUCCCUUAAA